CAACAGUUCAAUUGACGGACGCUCCCAGCACGUGGAAACAAUUGUAUUAUCGUACAUCUUCUCAAGGAGUCCUUGAGAAGACGUUGAGCCGGUUCACUUCAAAAGGACGUAUCGCUCGACCAAGCAUUCCCAGCCAAAGGCCCUCCUUGAACGAUGCCCGUUGCUCGCUGGUCCCUCCUCUCAAAGGCUCCUCAGAUCGCUCGUUCCUCCCAUUGUGCAACUGCAUUCCCAUCUGGAUCUCUUAUAAUAUAUGGAGGGGAACUGAAAGCGCGCAUCCCCGUUGAUUCGGCAAAUGUGCAAGGGGAUGGGGUAAUCAAAGGAUCGGUGCAUCUCUUCGAUGCUUCGUUGACGGAUGGAGAACCAAAGAGCCACCUUCCACAAGGCUGGCGCACCAUCUGCCCGUCGGUCAACGACAUCAAGUCAUCGGCCGAGUCUAUUCCCGAUGCGAGAGUAGGCGCUACAAUGGUCCAUGAAGGUGGAAACCUCUACAUAUGGGGCGGACGCGGAGGUGUCGACAUGGCCCCGCUUGAUUCCCCGCAAGUGGGCAUAUGGCGAGGCAAAUUGAAAACAAAUACCGCAGGCGGAGAUAACCGUAUCGUUUGGGAACAGAUUGGGGGACGUGGCAUUCAGCCGGAGCCUAGGAGUUAUCACACUGCCAUUGCACAUGAGGGAAGGAUAUACAUCCAUGCAGGAUGUCCCGUGUCCGGUCGGCUCAGUGGCCUUCACUCCUUUGACGUACACAGUGGAAAAUGGCAGGAACUUGCGUCAGGUCCUGACCCUGCUCGUGGUGGGACCUCCCUCGUGGCAGUGAAGCUGGAACAUGAGGGAUCGGCUUUGCUCAGAUACGGGGGCUUUAGCGGAUAUGAACUACCCUCAGCUACGGGUGUUUUAGACGUCUACACUGUUCGUGAGAACAAGUGGUACACAGUCGAGCCCGCUGCGGAUCCGAUUCAUGGCCAUCCGGGUGCCCGCUCCGUGCAUGGAUUCCAACGAUUCCAGUCGACAUCACCAUCGCUUGCUUCAGCUGUUGCUGUACUAUUCCAUGGCGAGCGCGAUGCGAGCAAGCUAGGGCACGCCGGCGCGGGGACAUUCUGGGACGACGUCUGGCUGCUUCUCAAGGAUAAGUCCAACGACAACACUGAAGGUUGGACAUGGAAGAAGGUAGACAUACUCAAAGCUGUGGAAGGCAGCAUUGCGAUACCGGAAGGCAGAGGUUGGUUUGCAUCUGCUGAAUACGUAGAGCGCGGGAACAGCAGGAUCUUCAUGCAUGGCGGGCUGUUGUCAUCCAAUGAAAGAAGUGACGAACUAUGGCAACUAGAGAUUGAGCAGUAGCAUUCCGUACACAGUCCAGCAAUGUAUGUAGUAGUUAGCUUCCGUGAGUAUCAACCCGCCUAAGCCUCUUCUAUUGCAGGUCAGGUGGCGAGGAGGAUGUAUUGACCGCUUGUGCCCGCCGAUCUAGCUCUGUAUUGAAGCGUUCCUAUAUGC